AUGAAGACGGUCCAGUCUCUACUUCAGCAGCUGCACUUGACGAAGUGCUCUUCUUCCCAAUCGAGGAAGGUUCCGUGUGACGCGAAGAGCGAAUACCGGUCGCGUCUACCGGAUCGCCUGAAGCUGAAGAGCCCUCUCCUGUGUCUGAGCAUCCUCCCGCCGACGUCGAUGCAGCUGAACUUGAGGAGGUAUUGUUGGCGCGGGUACGACUUCCUCCGACCGCGGACAUCACACCCUUCUCGAUAG